AUGGCUUCAUAUCUUGUGACCGGCUCUUCUCGGGGCCUUGGAUUGGCGUUAAUCGCUCGUCUCGCGACAUUUUCUAAAACCGAGGUGGGAACUAUCAUCGCGACCGCUCGCCAGGAUAAUUCUUCUCAACUGAAAGAAAUCGUCGAUGCAUCGUCAGGGCGAGUACAGCUGGUCAAGUUAGAUGUGACUGAUGCAUUGAGUGUUCAAGAGGCCGUCCAAGCAGUUGAGCGCCAGCUACAAGGCAAAGGACUUGACUAUCUGAUCAACAACGCGGGAGCAAUGGACUGGUCGCCAACAGGAAUAGAAGGAAUGGACAAUCUGACCGAGAUGUUGAAUGUCAAUACUACGGGACCACAUAUUGUCUCGCGGGCUUUCUUGCCGCUUCUUCGCAAAGGAGAAAAGAAAACUGUGAUAAACAUAUCGACCACUCUAGGCUCCAUUGCUAUGGUUGAUGCGUUUCGACUCCUGCCCUCGCCGGCAUAUAAGAUCUCUAAGGCCGCUCUUAACAUGCUUACUGCGCAAUAUGCUAAGCAAUAUGCCAAUGACGGCUUUACUUUCUUGGGGAUCAGUCCCGGGUGGCUACGCACUGACCUUGGCAGUUCUCGGGCAGAUCUCUCAGUUGAAACAGGGGCUGAAAAGGUGCUGGAUAUUAUCCAACAAGCAACACCAAAGCAGAAUGGGAAAUUCCUCAACAUACAUGUCCCCGGAUGGGAGACGCGGGAGGGUGCAAAUCAAUAUGACGGCAAAGAGAUUCCUUGGUAA